AUGAUUUUGGUGGUCCGGGCAGUGGUGGUCUUGGUAGCUUUUCUCUUUCCUGCAUUGGCUGAGUCCUUGGUUCGUCACUACAAGUUCAAUGUGGUCUUGAAGAACACAACGAGACUUUGUGCAACAAAACCCAUUGUCACUGUCAAUGGCAAGUUUCCAGGGCCUACCCUCUAUGCAAGGGAGGAUGAUACAGUGGUUGUGAGGGUUGUCAACCACGUUCAGCACAACGUUACUAUUCAUUGGCACGGAGUCCGGCAGUUGCAAACGGGUUGGGCUGACGGGCCGGCUUACAUCACCCAAUGCCCGAUACAAACGGGCCAAAGCUAUAUCUACAAUUUUACUCUCACUGGUCAAAGAGGCACCCUUCUUUGGCAUGGACAUAUCAACUGGCUAAGAGCAACUGUACAUGGUGCUAUUGUUAUUUUGCCCAAGAGAGGUGUUCCUUACCCAUUUCCCAAACCCGACAAGGAAGAGAUUAUCAUAUUAGUGGUGGUCUUGGUAGCUUUUCUCUUUCCUGCAUUGGCUGAGUCCUUGGUUCGUCACUACAAGUUCAAUGUGGUCUUGAAGAACACAACGAGACUUUGUGCAACAAAACCCAUUGUCACUGUCAAUGGCAAGUUUCCAGGGCCUACCCUCUAUGCAAGGGAGGAUGAUACAGUGGUUGUGAGGGUUGUCAACCACGUUCAGCACAACGUUACUAUUCAUUGGCACGGAGUCCGGCAGUUGCAAACGGGUUGGGCUGACGGGCCGGCUUACAUCACCCAAUGCCCGAUACAAACGGGCCAAAGCUAUAUCUACAAUUUUACUCUCACUGGUCAAAGAGGCACCCUUCUUUGGCAUGGACAUAUCAACUGGCUAAGAGCAACUGUACAUGGUGCUAUUGUUAUUUUGCCCAAGAGAGGUGUUCCUUACCCAUUUCCCAAACCCGACAAGGAAGAGAUUAUCAUAUUAGGUGAAUGGUGGAAGUCAGAUGUUGAAACAGUGAUCAACCAGGCCAUGCAAAUGGGUCUGGCACCAAAUGUAUCGGACGCACAUACUAUUAAUGGCCAUCCAGGACCUGCUCCAAAUUGCUCUUCUAAGGGUUUCACUUUACAUGUUGAAAGUGGCAAGACAUACUUGCUGCGCCUCAUAAAUGCAGGCCUGAAUGAAGAGCUCUUCUUCAAGAUUGCCGGCCACCAAGUAACUAUUGUCGAAGUUGAUGCCUCGUACACGAAGCCCUUCAAGACUGAUACCAUCUUCAUUGGUCCAGGCCAAACCACAAAUUUUUUGUUGACUGCUGAUCAGGCUAUUGGCAAGUACUUAAUAGCCAUAUCUCCUUUCAUGGACACUAUUGUAGCUGUUGACAACCAGACUGCAACUGGAACUUUACGCUAUGUAGAUACUCCUGCAUUUUCCCCAACCUCCCUCACCACCCUUCCUGCUGUUAAUGCUACCCCAGUGACAAGUAGAUUCAUGGAGUCUCUUAAAAGCCUUAAUUCAGAACAAUAUCCUGCCAAAGUCCCAUUAACCGUUGAUCAUUCGUUGUUAUUCGCCAUUGGUAUUGGUGUUAAUCCAUGUGCUACAUGUCUUAAUGGAAGCCGGGUUGUGGGAGAUAUCAACAAUGUUAGCUUUGUGAUGCCUUCUACUGCUGUCCUUCAAGCACAUUACUAUGGCAUUAAUGGAGUUUUUACGGAUGACUUUCCUGGAAACCCGCCCAUCCCUUUUAAUUAUACUGGUACUCCACCAGCAAAUUUACAGACUAUGAAUGGUACAAAGGUUUACAAACUGCCCUUUAAUUCUACUGUUCAACUGGUGAUUCAAGGGACAUCAAUUAUUGCACCAGAGAGCCAUCCAACCCAUCUGCACGGAUUUAAUUUCUUUGUAGUUGGGAAGGGGGUAGGAAAUUUUGAUCCGAAAAACGAUACCAAGACAUUCAAUCUUGUUGAUCCUGUUGAGAGGAACACCAUAAGUGUACCAACUGCUGGAUGGACCGCAAUCAGAUUCAGGGCAGAUAACCCAGGUGUUUGGUUUUUUCAUUGCCAUCUGGAGAUACACACCACAUGGGGACUAAAAAUGGCAUUUUUGGUGGAAGAUGGUGAAGGCCCAAAUGAGUCCCUUCCACCGCCUCCAGGUGACCUUCCGACAUGUUAGGCAAGUCCAAACGGCGUAACAUGACAGCAUGAGGAAAAUGUGAAAUUGGUAGAGGUACUAAUGGGACUAGAAGAAGGCAUGAGGACCGAAGAAGUACAAAAACCUUGAGCCAAAGAUUUGACAAAGGAGUACGAGUGAUUGUUUUGGAAGCAGGAUGAAGCUGCUCAAAUAAACUAUAAAUAAAUUGAAAAGCUUAAUUAUAUUGUUCACUUCGUUUUGCUUGUGAUUUUUGUGUUUGAAUGUAAAGAAGUAUGUAACUACAUACUCAUCAGGAUUCAAGAAGCA